AAGCAUUCUUGGAUUGGUGACCUCCACACACAUCCACACUCUCCAUACAAACACUUUCACACAUAAAACAAAAACAACCAACACUUGUCCUUUAUUUCCAGUUUAUUCAUGGAUAAAAUAUAAAUGUCACCUUUUUUUUCUUCUUUUUUUUUUCACUUGCUGCUCAGGCACAACUUGAAAAGCAGGUGUUCACACACAUCAGCGAGCACUGACACACACCCAGCAUGAUGACAGCGUUGCCAUGAACCCGUCAUACGGUAUUUACUUAUGUAAACACACGGCAUGCCAUUAGCUUUAGUAACUAAAUGUAGGCUGUGAGGUGCGUGAGCCGUAUUUCCUGAUCCGCAGCAUUCGAGCCGCCCGAAACAAGGUCACACACUCUGGGUUUUACUCUCCAGCACGUUCACACACACACACACACACACACACACACACACACACUUUACUGGAAUAACACUAUUGAGGCUGCUGGUUUUCCGAUACACAUCAGGUAAGAUUAGAGAGAGAAGCACAGAAAGCCUCUGAGGGCGUCACUCACAGCAGCCAAUCACAAUCCAUCUCAGCUAAUUAGUGAGCAAUCAUCAUCAGUCCUGGUCUCCUCUAUCAGUGCUCAGAAUCCUUCUGUCCAAUCAAAGGCUCUGGUGCUGUUCCCAAGACCCCUCCCUGUGUCCCACCUUCAUCCUCAGCCUGAACACCGAAUCAACAACGAGGUCAAAGGUCAAACGCUUGUUUGAAAAACAUGACCCAGCUGCAUCAUCAGGGAAAUAUUUAAUAUUUAACUGUUGGAGGAUUUUUAAAUUUUACUACUUUCGACUCAGAGCAGAACGAAGAGGACCUGAUUGAGAACAUGACCGCUCUUCACAGCGAGCGCAACAUUCGGGCUAAGAUCCAUGAAUUUGAGAGACAGACAGUCACUGACGAGCUCAGCACCCUGACACCCCGACCCCGAAACGUGACGCGGCCAGCCGUGGCACCGAAGCCCUCCAUGACUCGGAGAGCCUCCGUCAGCAGCACCACAGAAGAAGAACCAUACACCCAGAUCUUGCCAGAUAAUACCAAUGUGCAGGUUAUUAGUACAGACAGCACUCCAGUGCCUCCAUCUCCACCCCUGAGAUCACAGAUGCCUAGAAAACCCUCACUAAACUCCAGCAAUCAGUUUAAACCCCAACCUCUGAUUAGACCUCCUCCUCAGCUCCCGUCUCGACCCUCGCUGCGCAGGACUAGAACUCUAAACUCCCAGGACGAGGAUGCUGCUUUCAACACUCCUCCGUUUUCUCCACGUACAGCCCAUAACGGCCAGCAGAACGUCAACAAUCACAGCAGAACCAAAGAGAACGAAUACGUGGACGCUCCUUUUAGCCACGUUCUCUCCAACCUGAACCACGCAGCCUCUUUCACCAACGAAGUGAGCCGCAAACCGACCAUCAUCAGAGUUCCCAGCAAACAGGAACAGGAAGUGUCUGAUGGGUUCCCUCCUGCGUUUCCUGUUCAGAGAGCUAUAGGAGGCCCUCCACCUUCCAUCGCACGCAAGGGCUCGUUAAGUAGAGCGUGUGAGCCGGUUCUGCCUUCACGCCCUGCUGGGGGUAAAAGGCUGCCCCGUCAUCCUCCUAAAGCUGCCCCGGGACGCCCUCCUCCGCCGCGGAGAGACAGCAUCCAGCGUAACUCCAAGCUGAGGCAUAAUUUGUCGAAGAAAGCGCCUGUGCUUCCUCCAAGACCUAAUCCCGGACAUCGCCUGUACAACCAGUACACACUGCAAAUCCCUCACGCCAUCGCCGAUCACGACUACAACGGCACACACACUGGAGAGCUCUCCUUUCAGAAAAACGAAGUGCUGGUUCUGCUGAACCAAACAGACAGCCGAACGUUCGAGUGCCAAGUAGGAGACGCGAAAGGAACAGUGCAGAAAUCUUACAUGAAGAUCAUCACGCCGCUUUCGAACUACUCGCAUUAUGACGCCAAUCCGGCGCCGCAGGAGAGCACUUCAGUGGAAAACGGCCCUCUGCAGGUUCAAGCACUUUAUGACUUCACUCCAGAGGGUCCUGGAGAACUCGGGCUGAAGGCUGGAGACAUCAUUAAUAACGUAGAGCAGACAGACACAGAGUGGUAUUUGGGAUCGUCCAGAGGGAUCACGGGGUUCUUCCCCGUUAACUACGUCAAAAUUCUGUCCAGACAGCCUGCAGCUGCAGCUGCGUCUGCGCCUGCGCCUGCUACACCUCAGAAAAUCAGCGGCCUGCGGUGUGUUGCGAGGUUUGACUUCGAGGGCGAACACAGCGAUGAGCUCUCGUUUACCGAAGGCCAAGUGAUCAAACUCCUGGAGUACGUUGGAGAGGACUGGGCUCGCGGCAAGAUCGGUGGCCAUGUUGGAAUUUUCCCCAUCAGCUUUGUGGAACUGAUGGAGGAUCUUCCACCUUCACCUGCAAAGAACCAGACCAGGGUUCCUCUGUCUGGGAUGGCUGCCUCAAACAACAUGCAAGUUGCUGCUUCAACACGUCAUCAGGAGUACGGAGUUGAGCGAGUCAAGGCUCUGUAUGACUUCACGGCGGAGACGGAUAAUGAUCUGUCGUUCCUGAGAGGUGACCUGAUCGAAGUGAUAGAACACACUGAUGAAGAAUGGAGUUAUGGAAGACUGAAUGGCAAAGAGGGGUUAUUCCCUCUGUCCUUCACACAGACACACACAGGAGGUUCCUCACUCCGAUAACCGGUGGAGCAGACGGGAAAAAGCACAGAUGAACAAACACACCCUGCUGCCACGUAUAAACAUGAUUUGUAAUUAUUAUGUGUAUGAAUUUCUGGAUCCUUCUUUGGGUGAAACUCAACGCUGUUAUUGUGUAGUCUGGGUGCAAGAUUUAUAAAUGUGAUUUCUUUUUCCCCCUUUCAUUAACACCGUUUCAGUUUACACACACACACACACACACACAAAACCCAAGUAAGAGAGGAGUGUGUUAGGGUGUCUGGUUCAUUUACUGAAUAUAUUGUACUUUUUGGAUUUGAAUAGAAAAAAAUAAAAAUUUCCAGCAAAUGA